AUGGCGCACUCGGGUUUCCCGCCUUUGGUUGAUACGACAGCUCGCCUCAACGGAGCCCGAUUCGGCCUCGGGGACCCUGAAGAUGUCAACCUACCAACUAUUGACACUGUCGCCUUCCAAAGUCAAGAAAGGGCUGAGGCCGCACGGCAGUCACAGGAAGCUCUCGAGUUGACCGGUGAUGUAAGGGCUGUCAACUUCACUUAUCUGGACCACUUGCCGCUCACAAUAUAG